ACACCUUUACUCAGGUUCGUUUUUUAAACAUAAAACCCUGCUGUUUACUUUGACGGAGAUUCACAUUGUUGUGAAGAGUUAGGCAGUGUUUGCCUGGCAGGCCUAGCAAACAACUACGAGGGUACUAUAUGUCAACACGGGAACACUUUUACAUGGGUAAAUGAACACGAACCCCAUGAAAAAAGCGCACUAACACAAUACACGUGACGCAGCUGAAGUCAGAGGGCGCGGUCGUCGUGGGCCUACAGUCCUAUAAACUGGUCCCUGGGAACUGACGUGCACAGCACAGGGCUGAUCAGCAGGGAUGAAGUGGCUGAAGGUUGUAUCCGUGAUUUUUCUAAAUACUAGCCUGUUACUGGCCGCCCCGUAUGAUGAGACAGAAACAGAGACAGAGGCCGAGGUGGUGUCCAUCCGCGCACUGACCCCGGACAUCCAAGCAUUUCCAGCCCAGCGCGAACUGGACGAAGAAGGCGACCAACACCUUCCUUUUCUUCGUUACCAGUUCGACGCUCACGGCCAAAAGUUUGAUCUUAAACUGGAGAAGAACAAGCACGUUGACGUGAGGAACGCACCAGUGUAUUUUGCAGGAGAUAAUGGCGAAGUGGCGAAGAGGUCGAACACACCAGUUAACUUUGCCCUUUACCAAGACAAGAAAAACAACGCUGCAGUAGCGGUUUCAAACGUCAAGACGGACGGAGGGAUGAGUAAACGUUUGGAAGGAUUCGUGAUCGACAAGGACAAUAUGUUUGAACUACACCAUUUAGAUGAAGACAAAUACCUUGUAAUUCGACAACCUGUGGAAUCCAGACCCAAACCCAAACCCAAACCAGAGGCGGAACCUGAAAGGCGCUCUUUUGACGAUACCUACACAGCCGAAACUCGGAGACGAACCCUCCACCCUCUCCCAGCCCAAAGGACAGCCACCAAUGGUGAGACCAAUUUGUUACGCAGUUUACUGAGAAUGCUAGACACGGUGGAGGCUAGGAAAUCUGAGAAAGUUCUCGAGGCUCAAAAAAAGCAGACGACAUUUAGCAGUAGCCACAUCAACGCUGGCGUUGAAUUGUUGGUUUCAACAGAUGAUUCUGUCUGGAAUUAUUUCAUGACUCGAAAUAACAAUAACCAACAGGCGGCAGAGACCGAACUGAGAAAAUACUACGCUAUUCUUGUCAAUGGGGUUGAUCUACGCUAUCAGAAUAUACAAGACCCUGAGAUAAAUAUCUACGUAGUACUGGCUGGUUAUCUAAUCGCGAAGACUCCAGGGCAAUCCUCGUGGUUUAGUGGUAAUGUGGUUGGAUCGAAUGAGGGCAGGGCAGCGGUAGAUAACAACAAAGCCUUGGACAAAUGGUGUGAACACAGAAAAAACAACUAUGACAGUCUCAUCGAAAAUGACCAUGGCAUGGCGUUCACCAUGCGUGACCUGGCACAAUGGAAUAACAAGGGAGGACUAAGUUACGGUGUAGCUGGCUAUGGUAUACCCAUAAGCUUGGGGGCCCAGCACGACGGCUCGUACAGCACCGGUGGUUCUAACCCCUACGACAACACUGCGUGUCCUUCCAAUGCCGCCAAUAUUAUGGCGCCAGUUGCCGGAGGUUCCAAUCCUACAAAUGGCUAUUAUUUCUCCGCUUGUUCCAUCAAACAGUUCAAAAGCGGCCUGAAGGAUGCGUGUUGUCUUAAGGAUACUGGAAAAUACGAAAACCUUGAAGAGUUCAAGUCACAUACUCAGGAUUUACCAGGGCAGCUGUAUGAUGUGAAUAAGCAGUGCAAAAUGCUGCAUGGUGAAGGCUCUAAUCCGUGCCUGAGCUUUAUGUCAAACAACUUUUGUCAGCACUUGUGGUGUACUAACUCUAAUGGACAAUGUUCCACCGGCUACAAACCACCUGCGGACGGUUCUGAGUGCGCGACAGGAAAAUGGUGUAUAGAGGGCGUUUGCGUCAGCAAGGACACUCCUCUCAAGAGCAGCAAAGGGAGCAGUGGCCAAAGCACAGAGUGGUGUCCUUACGGUUGGCCAGGAGACUUGUGCCCGGAUGCAGAUGCUUCGGACAUUAAUGUGGGGAAGGGUUGGGAGAACUGUACAACUGCCAUCAACAGAGAAGGAGACAGCUUUUGUGCAAGUGCGCAGAAUUCAGCAUCCGGUUUCUGCUGUAUGCAAUGCUAUUACUAUUCGCAGUCAAAAUUAACUGGAGUGUGGGGAGAGUGGCAAGAUUGGGGAAGUUGUAGCGCUAGUUGCGGUGGCGGCACUCGCACAAGAUCUCGCACUUGUCCGACUACUGGCGCAUGCGCAGGAGAAUCUUCACAGACUGUGCAGUGUAAUACUGAUCCUUGCGUCGUUUCUCAGCCGACCACUACUGGGACGCCCUCUUGGGGCCCCUGGGGCGGAUGGUCAACUUGCACAAGGACAUGUGGCGGCGGUACCCGGUCCAGAGACAGAGCCUGUGAAAGCGGUUCUUCAUGCGACGGCGUGUCUUCCGAGACUCAGGAGUGUAACACCAAUGAGUGCCCAGUAUCUUCCGUGGACGGUAAUUGGGGUGGCUGGGGACCUUGGUCUGCAUGCAGCGCCACCUGCGGUUCCGGAAAAAAGACUCGAACCAAAGCGUGCGAUAACCCAGCGCCAUCUAACGGUGGAUCGUGGUGUUGUUAUAACGGCCGGUGUCAGUUCAACAGUUUGAAAAGCACCGAGUUCUGUAACGCUGGCCCAUGUGGUGGAGAAGCCCAGGCUGUGAAGGUGCGAGAACUUGCUCCGGAUAUAGAAGCCAUUCCUGCUGAACGAGGUUUGAACGCUGCCAGCGACCAGCUUGAGCCUUUCCUUCGGUACCAGUUCGAAGCUCACGGCAAGAAAUUUGACCUUCAGUUGGAGAAAAAUAAGCACGUGGACCUCAAGAACGCGCCCGUCUAUUAUGCCCAGGAGGAUGGAACAGUAGUAAAGAAAUCGACACAAAACAAUGAUGACUUCGCUGUGUAUCAUGACAAGAAGAAUAAUGCUGCAGUGGCAGUUUCCAAAGUUAACACAGAUGGAAAGACCAAUAAGCGAAUGGAAGGGUUUGUCAUUGACAAUAACGACAUGUUCGAGAUGCGCCACCUGAAGGACGACGAAUACCUUGUCUUCCGGCAAAAUAUUGAGGCCAAAAAACCAGGUCCAGAGGUGCGGUCUUUCGACGACACUUAUGAGAGGGAAACAAGCAGACGAUCGCUAGAUCAUGUUUCAGAUAAGACAGCGAAAUCUAAUGGAGGGUCCGACUUGCUGCGCACUCUGCUAGAAGUGUUGGAAACUGUUAGGAACAAAAAAUCGGAAAAGGCCGUAGAGUUGCAAAGGAAGCAGACGUCAUUUAGUAGCAACCACAUCAACGCUGGCGUUGAGUUGUUGGUGUCUACUGAUGAUUCCGUCUGGGACUAUUUCUAUUCGCGGAAUAACAACAACGCAGAGGCGGCAGAGACCGAGUUAAGAAAAUACUACGCACUGCUUGUGAACGGGAUUGACUUGCGGUACCAAAACAUAGAAGACCGGGAUUUGAACAUUUACAUCGUUCUAUCUGGAUAUGUUAUCGCAAAGGUAAAUAUUUCAAUCAGCGAAACAAAAAUCACACGCAAAGCCAAUACAAUCAAUACUCUCAAUCUAAAACGGGAAAAUUAA